AUGGCUAAUAGUCAAACAACACAGCUUGUGAUCGCAAUCAUCAUCACAAUUAUCUGUCCUUUCGCAGGUACUUUCAUCGUCGCUGGUUGUGGCCCAGAUGGAUUCAUUACUCUUGUACUCUGUCUCUGCGGAUAUCUUCCUGGCAUCAUUCAUGCCCUUUACGUCGUUAUCACUUGGAACAAACGAGCCGAGGCGCGUGGGAAAGGCAUAAAGCAUGAAAAGGAAGCUCCUAUAAUCUUCAGUGAAAGAGUCCAGAUGGGUCUGCCCAUGAGCUGUUGCGAUACAGAGAGGAAGCCACGCCAAGGUCGACAGCGCAUCACGGACGGGCCACCAGCUACUGCUGCUAUCGCUGAAGUUUGAAUCGGACGGCUGGAGCAAGAUUGUCUAGACGAGAGUUUUGCUGAGGAGUUGAGGAGGACUGGAAGUAGCAUUAUUGCGAAGAGUUUACAGGUCAUGCAUCGGGGUUUUGUAUUGCAAGCAGUGUUAAUA